UAUUAAAGACUACAUAUAUGUAGUGAGUGUUGAAAAAUAAGAAAUCCAGACAAAAAAUUAAUUUUUUCGAUUUAUAACAAUUAUAAAACUAAUGAAAACUCUGCGGAAAAUCUUUAAGAAAGUGUGUGCUCUAAGAAACAAGUGAAAUUUAAAGUUUUUAUUGAGUAAAAUUGCAACUAGAAUUGGUUUUCAGUUGCACUUGCAGCAAAAGUUUUUGGGAACGAAGUAGCAGACGACGUCGACGAUAUCGACGACGGUGACUACCAAGACGGACGGACGUAAAAGAUGGCGACGAGCCGUACAAGUCGCAUACAGCAAUCGAAAAACAUAAGUUCGAUAUUUUCCAAGCUGCAUGGUGCCUUUUCGGAGGCAUGUGGACCCCAACGGCUGUCCACCGACAAGAAGACCCUCGAAAAAACAUGGAAAUUAAUGGAUAAAGUCGUGAAAUUAUGCCAGCAACCGAAGAUGAAUUUGAAAAAUAGCCCACCCUUCAUAUUGGACAUUUUGCCGGACACCUAUCAGAGACUGCGUUUGAUAUACUCCAAAAAUGAGGAUCAGAUGCAUAUUCUUCACAACAAUGAACAUUUCAAUGUCUUUAUCAAUAAUUUAAUGCGAAAAUGCAAACAAGCCAUAAAGCUAUUCAAGGAAGGUAAAGAGAAAAUGUUUGAUGAAAACUCCCACUAUCGUCGUAAUCUGACCAAACUAAGUCUGGUCUUCUCCCAUAUGUUGAGCGAAUUAAAGGCUAUAUUUCCAAAUGGUGUCUUUGCCGGAGAUCAGUUUCGAAUUACAAAAGCGGAUGCAGCAGAUUUCUGGAAAUCUAAUUUUGGCAAUAGUACUCUGGUGCCUUGGAAAAUCUUUCGUCAGGAAUUGAAUAAAGUACAUCCCAUAUCAUCUGGCUUAGAGGCUAUGGCUUUAAAGACGACCAUCGAUUUGACUUGUAAUGAUUAUAUAUCGAAUUUUGAAUUUGAUGUCUUCACAAGACUCUUUCAACCUUGGGCAACACUCUUAAGAAAUUGGCAAAUUUUGGCUGUCACCCAUCCCGGCUAUGUGGCAUUUUUAACAUAUGAUGAAGUCAAAGCUAGACUACAGCGUUAUAUACACAAAGCCGGAAGUUAUGUUUUUAGAUUAUCGUGUACACGGUUAGGCCAAUGGGCAAUCGGCUAUGUUACGGCGGAUGGAGAAAUAUUACAAACUAUACCGCAAAAUAAGUCAUUAUGUCAGGCAUUAUUAGACGGGCAUAGGGAGGGUUUCUAUUUAUAUCCUGAUGGUCAAGCGUAUAAUCCUGAUUUAUCUUCGGCUGUACAAAGCCCCACUGAAGAUCACAUAACUGUGACUCAAGAACAAUAUGAACUUUACUGUGAAAUGGGAAGUACCUUCCAAUUGUGUAAAAUUUGCGCCGAAAAUGACAAAGACAUACGUAUAGAGCCAUGUGGUCACUUGUUGUGUACACCAUGUUUAACGUCAUGGCAAGUAGACUCAGAAGGGCAGGGAUGUCCAUUUUGUCGUGCUGAAAUUAAAGGCACUGAACAAAUUGUCGUAGAUGCCUUCGAUCCUCGUAAACAACACAAUCGUAGUGCUACUAACGGACGCCAUCAGCUAACUAAUGAUGAUGAUGACACUGAGGAUACUGGUGAUUUUAAUAUUGCGACCUCUUCAUUACACGCUUUAAGCAAUAAUAUGACCUCAUCAACACAUUCCUCGGACAAACAUAGUCCACACACUUCACCAAGGUUUUCCAGGCGCAGUACUACACCCAGUUUGAUGGCGGUACAAAACGAUCUAUAUGCUGGUCAUAUACCAUCCCUCUCGCUAGCUAAUCCAUCAGUGAAUUAUAUAACAGCGGCCAGUGCCAUAACCGGAACACAUUCGCCUUCAGCGCCUCCUAUGAAUGUGGUAAACGGCAGCAAUAGCAGUGCAAGUACCACUGCAUCAUCGGCUUCCGCCGUAAUAACACCAUCAGCCACUUCAAAUACAGUCACAACACCGCAAUCCUCACAGAAAUCUACCAAUCGCAUGAGUGCUCCGUUAAUGGGAACCAAUGCCACUGUUAUACCCGGUUACGCUAGUAAAUUGUCGGGCAAAUCGGACAACAAUGACAAUUCAAAUUCAUCAUACGCCAUUUUGCAAAAUCUCCAAGAAUCACAAGCUAUUAUUGCCAAAGAAGCUCAAAAGAGAGAAGCUAACAGUGCCGCCGUAGCCUCGGUGGCUCCCCCAUUACCACCCAGGAAAUCAUCUCCAGGUGCAGAGAAUUCUUCAUCGUCUAUGGCAUCAAAUGUUAUUGCUUCCAACGGUCAUAUUAAUGGAAGUGGAGCCAUACAGAAGACACCUUGUUUACCACCACAAACUAGCAAGAGUGUUGAUAAUAUAGCCGCUUCCUUGGGUGAUAUAUGUGUACCAAAGACAACAGCUCCUCCCAUACCACCGCACAACACCACCAGCAAUGUUGAUACUCUGGUAGAAGAGCUGAGAAGUCAACGUUUAACAUCGUCGUCAAAUCUUAUUUCGAAUACUUCGGCCACUCUAAUGGACGAUGAUAUUGUGGGGCCUGCUGAAACUAUAAUGGGCGUCAUUGAUACUCGACCUUUGGAAGCUAGAUCAUCAACAUCAAAUUAUACACAAUUGUGUACCACCACCACUACCAACUCUUCUAAUACGUCGUUGCGAAAUGAGCUUAAAACCCAAAGUGAUAAACUUAUUGAAAUCCCUAAAUCCCAAAUACAAAUCCAAUCACAACAACAACAACAACAGCACCAGCAGCAUAUUCAUCAAAAACAACAACAACAGCCUUUACUUUACGAAAACGUAUCAAUCAAUCAAAAGGGCGAUUGUAGCGUACCCUACGAGAAUAUCAAUUUAGAAUAUAUAGCACGUCUAAUGAACGAAGGCUAUUCCAAAGAGAAUGCCAUUACAGCCUUGGGUAUAUCACGUAAUAAUAUUGAAAUGGCUUGUGAUAUUCUAAGAGAAUUUGUUGCUAAAAAUAGUGUUUAAGAAUUUACAUUUAUAUUUAGUUAUAAGUUUAAGUCUUUGGAUAAAUUCUAAAGUAUUUUAAUUUCGUUUAAUUAUAAUUUUUCACUUGUGCAAGCUUUAUUUUACAGUCUAUAUCAUUUGCUGCAAAAUCUUCCGCACUUCCGUACUCUUCUACUAUUUGAAUUUAUUGCAAUAUAAUGUUGCUACUAUAAAAUUGCUACUAUUUUGAUAAAAAAAGUUCUAGUUAAUUUUAGAAUAUGUAUACAUAUUAUACAUAUCGUCAUCUGAAAUGCAAAUGCAUUCUAAUGCUCUUGCAAUUUUUCCUCUCCUUUUCGUUAUCUAUUAAGAAUACGCAAUAACAUUAUAACAAUGUUAUGUGUAGCUGUUUGUUAUGUUCUACGAAAAAUCUGAUACCGAUUCCAUUUAUGAAAAACUUUAAAUUUAUUCGAAAAGAAAUCGUAUUGUUAUUUAGAAAAUUUUAAACUAAUUUUUUGGAUUGCAUUCCAAAUUGGAAUAACAAUCUUACUAUCGAUAUACAAAAUAAUUCUUCAGCACUAGUAGCAUGCAAUAAACAUUAACAAAUAAAAUAACUCUUAUUUAAUUUCAAUA